AUGCUCCUGCUAGCUUUAUUAUUUACGCUUUAUGCAAAUGUUUCUUCAUUUAAUUUUCUAGUAUUCUGCCCAUUGUUUGCUCAUAGCCAUUCAAAGUUCUUUGCAACAAUUGCAGAUUCUUUAACAGACGCUGGUCACAACGUGGCAUUUUUCACACCAAUAAUUGUCGAAAAAUACCGAAACUUUAAUUAUACAAAAUCAACGAAAGAUGUAGUUUACAUGGAACCUUCGAAGAAACUGAAAGAAUAUGGAAGACAAAUGAGUACAGGAGAUUUUGUCAGGUAUUGGACUGAAGACUCAACGGCCACAGAAAUUAUCACAGUUGUUCGGAUUUUUCAAAAAAUGUAUAAUGAGCAGGGAACAGUGAUGAAGGACAAUAUCGAAAUUCUGAAUGAUUUGAAGAAACGGAAAUUCGAUGUUAUCAUUUUCGAGGCAUUUAUUUUUUCAGCCUAUCCAUUGAUGGAUUAUCUGGAAAUCCCAACAUUUAUUCCAUCUCUAUCUGUUGCACACGACACUGCAUUGGCAGUAGAAAUUGGUGAACCAGUUAUGCCAAGUGUAGUUUCAGACUGCUUAUCUCCAUUUGGUGAUAAACUAUCAAUAACUGAAAGAGCAUUCAAUGCAUUCAUGGUUCCAUAUUUUGAUUUUAUGAUUGGAUACCCCACACAUAGAUCUUUCAAACCUCCAUACAAUCCAAUUGAUAUAAGAUCUAUCGUUCCCGAGGCAUCAUUUGUAUUCCUCAACUCUAAUCCAUUUGUUGAUUUUCCAAGGCCAACUCUCACAAAAACAAUUCAAAUUGGAGGAAUAUCAGUUGAUUCAAAUGAAUUGAGAAGUCAAAAACUUGAUGAAACAUGGUCAGAAAUUCUCAAGUUGAGAGAAAAAACAAUGUUAGUGUCAUUUGGAUCAAUGUUGUACUCAAAGGAUAUGCCAUUCAAAAAUAAAAUAGCAUUGAAAAAUGCAAUGGAAAAGUUCAAAAAUGUAACAUUUAUUUGGAAGUAUGAAGAUGAUAGUUCUGACGAAUUCGCAAAAGGAAUUGAAAAUAUUCAUUUUGCAAAAUGGGUUCCACAAACUGCUCUUCUUGCUGACUCCCGUCUCUCUGCUUUCCUUACUCACGCCGGACUUGGUAGUAUCACUGAACUCAGCUACUUGGGUAAACCUGCUAUCUUGUGCCCACAACUAUUCGACCAAAUGAGAAAUACUAAAAUGCUUGUCCGUCACAAUGGAUCUAUCGAGCUAUCGAAAUAUGAUCUGGGAAAGUCUGAGAAAAUUAUUGAAGCUUUUCAAGCAAUUUUGUUUGAUUCUUCAUAUGCAAAAAAUGCUCAGAAAUUAGCAGAACAGCUUGAGAAUCAGCCAAUUAAACCGAAAGAAAUGAUGGUUAAACAUGCUGAAUAUGCAGCCAGAUUUGGGCGUCUACCAUCACUGGAUCCAUACUCGAGAAAAAUGUCUUUCGUUGAAUAUUUCUUGCUUGACGUCGCAGCCAUUUGUGUUUUUAUACUGACAUUUGUAGUUUUUGUAGUAACGAAAUUAGUACAGUCUUUAUUUGAUAUCUUUUUGAUAAAAAGAAAAACUGAAUGA